AUGGGGGCUUUACACUUUGCUCAGUCUCGCCACCAUUCCUCCACAUUACCCUUUGAGAAAGUAGUCACUUCCCUGUUUUGAAUGAGUGUUCAGAUAAAUCGCCGUGCUACUUCAUAAACCUGUUGGCGCAAGCUUGUCAAGAUGUUUGUGUCAUUUAUGUGAAUGUGUUUACAAUGUGUUUGUUUUUUAUUAGAUGUCAAACUCUUGUGGACCUGUGAGGAUUACUUCUACAUCAUGAUCAAAAAAUGAAACUGGAUCUAAACUUCUCCAACAUGUCUGUGGAGUCUGGUGCUGUACAGCUGGAGCAGGGACCGGUGGAGUACCGUAUGGCAGGCCUGAUCUUCUACUGCUUCGUCUUCAUCAUAGGAGUCAUAGUCAAUCUCACUGCCAUAUGGGUGUUUGCCCUCACCACCAAGAAGAGGAACUCUGUCACGGUCUACAUGAUAAAUGUGGCCAUCGUGGAUCUCACCUUCAUCCUGCUGCUUCCUUUCAGAAUGGUUUACCACCACCAGGACUAUUGGCCCUUCGGAGAUAUUUUCUGCAGAAUCAGUGCAGCUCUCACCAUCUUCUACCCCUGCAUCGCUCUGUGGCUGUUUGCUCUGAUCAGUGCUGACCGCUACAUGGCCAUCGUCCAGCCAAAGCACGGUAAAGAGCUGAGGAAUGUCCCAAAGGCCGUGGUGGCGAGUUUGGGGGUGUGGGUAAUGACUCUGGGCUGCACUGUACCCCUGCUCUUCUCUGAGCAUGACCCCGAUCAAAUUUCCAACUUCACCACCUGCAUCAAGAUGCAAGACAUCAUCUACAUGCGCCAUGACAACCCAGUCAACUUUGUGCGACUCAUCUUCUUCUUCCUGGUUCCCAUAUUUAUAAUGAUUGGCUGCUAUAUUGUCAUUGUGGAUAAUCUGAUCCAUGGCCGCACCUCUAAACUCAAACCUAAAGUGAAGCAAAAGUCCAUCCGGAUUAUCAUCACACUGAUUAUCCAAGUGUUGGUGUGUUUUGUGCCUUUCCAUGUGUGUUUAGUGCUCCGUUUGCUGGAUACAGGCAAAGAUGGGGGGUUUAGUACCUGGGCAGUCUUCACCACAUUCCUGAUGAACAUGAGCACAGUGCUAGAUAUCAUUCUAUACUACAUUGUCUCCAAGCAGUUCCAGGACAGGGUGAUCAGCGUGAUUCUGUACAGGAACUAUCUGCGAAGUGUGAGACGGAAGAGCAGGCACACACACACAGGCAGCAUCCGAUCAAUGAGCAACCUGACCAGCGCAAUGAUAUGAAGCAACCGUCAAACUUUCAUGUCAACCAGCACACACACACAUACAUGUACUGGGCACGCUUUGGCACAAUGUAACACUGAAUGCAUCACUGUGUACAUGGUUCAUUAUCAAAAGGAUCAAAACUUGCAAUUAAUUUCCGAGGUGUAAUUUACACUCACAGUAUGGGAGUGCUGCUGUUGUGGCAAAAACAUCUGUGUUCUGAGCUGAUUGACUCACCCAUGAGACUUGAGAUGUUUUUUUGUGCAUCUUUGCUCCGGCAAACAAAGCACGAGUGUUUGUAGCUCAGGUGUAACACUUGCAGGCGAAAAUAAAGCUCAUAAUGAUUAAAAACAUAGCCCACAGUAUCUCAGUGUUUGCUUUAUUAUGAAACACUGAAACUCUUCUCAGCCUUCUCGCUACAUCAACCAACAACUAUAAAAGACCUGACUGUCUCCAUGGGGGGAAACCAACAGGAAACAAUGGUGGGUUUGUGAAGGUUGCAGCUUUCCUUUGGUCGCUGCAUCAUAUUUGUAACUUCGCCUCUGUAGCUACUCAGUGACACACCGUGACUUAAAUAGACCAUCAGCGCAUGCACAUGAGGUGCAAAUGAUGUUUGACUGGUGUCACUUCACCCUGUCACAUUUGUGGAGUAUGAGUUUAAGCCCAACCACUUGAAACAGGAUAUUAUUAAAACACAAGUGUCCCAAAAGUUGCUGUAAAUAUAUUGCCCAGGUGAUGGCAGCAUGGCACAGCUAGAUCCCUUCUACCUUUCAGAGCAGACACAAAACAGUGUUUUCUUUACUUUUAAAGUGGAUCGUGCAACAUUUGUGAAUCUCUGCUUCAGAGAUGUUUAUGCUUUUUUUGUUUCUGCAUUUUAUUGCAUGAAUUGAAGUGGCUUCAUAAAAGCAAAUAUAUCAGUUUGUGAAAUAACCAUUCUACCUCAUCACAGAGAAGCUGUUAACUACAGUGGUAACAGCUCCAACCUCAAAUCAGCCUAAAGUGUGUUUAUGGUGCGACACGAAUCAUAUUGAUUAGAUGUUAAAUGAUUCAGCCACUUGAAGUGCAUUUACAGUAACAUCCUCAAGAGAUGUCAGCGAGGCGAUUUACUAGAUUUAAAGCAACCUUAACCUUAAAAGAGAAAACCUUUUCUGCACAGGGAUACUUAUGUCAGGUCUCUGCUGCGAGUAUAAGCACCGCAUCCUGCAAUUUUUCCUCAAUUUAUUCCUCAAACGACAGACAAGUGAUGAGGUAGAAGGCACUGAAUAUGUGACAGUUCGAUCCCUGUGUACUUUAAUUUAAAUUAAGGAAAGAACUCAGGUUUGAAUGGGACGGUUUUGAUAGGUUUCUUGCACAAACAUCACUCGAGCUAAGAAUUGAUUUGGUGUUGCCAAUUGCCAAAAUAAUCGAGUUAGUGUGUCUGUCACACUUGCGCAGUCUUGACUAGAUUAGACAGUGAGCCAGUGUCGCUGAGUAACUAUGUAGUGUCUCAUGCAAUUAGACAGUCAACGCACCCUGUGGUGUAACCGCAUGUAAUAUAGCUCUCUCUGAAUGGUUAUCGUAUGGCUUCUCAAUUGCAAACACAACUAAAUAAACUAUGUUAUACUGAGCAGUUCCUUAAAGAAAUGCUGGUUCUAUUGUUUUCUCACUUUUGGCAUGUGAGCCCAUUCAAUUCUUCUCACUAAGAUAAGUUAGGGUAAUACAAUGGUAAAAGGAUAAACUGCACUUGGAGUCCAUAUGGUUCUCGGUUGGUUUGUGCAGUGUUCAUAGGUCAAGUAGUGGCCAGACUGUAGGACAUAGACGGGCUAGAUUUACACAGUGUUUAAUAAGAGGAGGCAGACUACAAGAUUUCCAUCUCACAAGGAAUUCUGGGAACUGCAGUUCAUCACACGAUGAUAGGUUUAUUGGCCGGUGGACUACAAAUGGAUUUAUAACCAAGAGGUCAAAGGUCAAAUGAAACAUCAGAGGAUCGUCUAUCUGUCCCACCUGUUAGACAUCAAAGAUAAACCAGCCACGCUGCUCACAGCAACUGGCAUUUAAAACAAUUAAGUUUCCUGUCAAGUCCCUGUGAUGAAUUAUCCGGAAGCUUUACCCGCUGUAAUUCUAAAUCUUCCCAACAAGUGCCUUUGUUGUAGAGAAAUUAAUGAAAACAAGAUUGUCUUUCAUAGGAGCUGAUCUAACAGCGCGACAGCCAGCUGCUCUUCUUUGGGAAUAAAAACAGUCAGCAUUAAACACAGUGCACACAAAAUACUUUUUUUUUUAUACCACUCGUGUGGAAAACAAAUCAGGCGGCGAGCGCAGUGGCCAUCUGUUUUGUUAUUUGAUAUGUGUGAAUACAUGUUGUAAUGACUUUGUUUGUGAAUCACUCUGCGCGGCAGAACACACGAGAGCUCUCGAAGUGCUGGAGUGUUCAAAGCUAAUCAUAUAAUUGGACACAAUAGUCGAUGACAAAUGGAGACGCUUGGAGCCAGCCAGCUGGGGAAGUGAAUAUGUAAUCAUUGUAAAAUCAUAUCAUUUUUGCAUAUUUGAAGACAGCUUAAUAGAGUUUGCGUGUCAGCACACUAUCAAAUGAUGAUCAGAGACAGUGUUGCUGUAUUUGUUUUUCUAAAUAGUGCUUUGUUGGACUAUUUAACUUUAUCAUGAUUAAAAGUGUUUCUUGAG